UUUGUAAUCAUGAGUCUUCUUCUUUCACCAUCAUUAGUUUCUAAAGGAGCCUCUCUCUCUCUCUAAAGAAAAUGCAAACACACAAACUUACAACAAACUUUCAUCUAUAUAACGCCUCUAUAUCUCUCCCACUAAUCAAACACAUCUGAUCACUUCUUCUUCUCCCUCUUUCUAUUCUUCAUCUCUCUUACUUCAAAGAAUCCAAAGAUGUGUUUAAGUUCUUCGGAACCAUUCUCAGACACACCCACGAGAUUAGUUUUGUACCUCAAAACACAAACCCACGUUCGUAUCCCUCGCCUCUCCAGGAGGAGAAAGAUGUGGAAGGAAGAAAAGGAGAUGGAGAUGAAAAAUAUACGACUCUGCAUGGAGAAUCAGUACAUGAUACAAGAGAAUGAGAAACUCAGAAAGAAAGCUCUUCUUCUUCGCCAAGAAAACAAAGCUCUCUUCUCUCUGCUUCAGACCAAAAACGUUUCCCCUGUUCCAUGAAACAAAAACACCAAUCUAAGGGCUCUAAAACACAUACCCGAGUCCUAUUAUCUAAAGGGGUUUAGUAUUACUUGGUAUACAUCCUUUUUUUUAGUGUUUUAUUUAGUUUCAUCUCUCAUAUAAUCUAUGUACGUGUGUUCUUUUGUUUAAUGGUACGUGGGACCAAAAGUCUCUUCCUCU